GGCAGGAAAGAUUAUCCGAGCAGAUGUCGUUUCCCCCCCCUUAUUGGAACAGUAGGGCCAAUAAUAAACAAACGCACACACAGACACACAGAGCGCACACUAAUCUGAGAUAGGCUAGUAGCCCUUGCACAUCCCUUUCUCUCUCCUCAAUUUUCUCUCAGGCAGACAGUCGCUGUGCCAGUCCCGCCAAUGUCAAGUUUAUACCAGACUGUAUUUUCCACAUUUCAUCUGAGCACACUUCAGACACAGUGUUUGGAGUGAGAUGCAGCUUUGCUUCAGCCUACAGAUGGACACACAAGGGGAGAAGAAGAUACUGUUUGGGAAAUGGCACGCAGUGUGCCGUUUUGCGUUGUUCACUUGUGUCUUGGAUGCAGCCUGGGGACAGAUCCGCUACUCCAUCCCUGAGGAGCUGGAACAUGGAGCUUUUGUUGGCAAUAUCGCCGAGGACCUGGGAUUGGAUUUGAACAAGCUCUCUGCGCGCAGAUUCCGGAUAGUCUCAGGUGCCAGGAAGCAAUAUGUGGAGGUGAAUUUAGAGAACGGAGUUUUAUUUGUCAAUGAAAGAAUUGACCGCGAGGAACUAUGUGAGCAGAGUUUGUCCUGUUCCUUUCACUUGCAAGUGGUGAUAGAAAACCCUCUGGAGCUGUACAGGGUAGAGAUGGAAAUCUUGGAUGUGAACGAUAACUCUCCCAGUUUCCCGUGGACCGAGUUUAAUCUGGACAUAUCGGAGUCCGCUGCGCCAGGAUCUCGUUUCCCACUUGAGAGCGCACAGGAUUUGGACGUCGGAUCCAACUCGUUGCGCACCUAUUUGCUGAGCGUUAAUGAACAUUUUCUUUUGGACAUUCAGACACGCAGUGAUGGCAGUAAAUUUGCAGAGCUAGUCCUCCAAAGUCCGCUGGACAGAGAGCAGCAAAGUGCGCAUCAAAUGGUCCUAACUGCGGUGGAUGGGGGCGCGCCGGAGAGAUCCGGCACUGCGCAAAUUGAUAUCACUGUUUUGGAUGCAAAUGAUAACGCUCCUGUGUUCGAUCAGUCCUUUUAUAGAGUGAGGCUAGCUGAAAACGCACCUAAAGGAACUGUUGUCAUAAAACUUAAUGCCUCCGAUUUAGAUGAGGGUCCCAAUGCUGAUAUAACCUAUUCUUUCAGUGGCCACGCUCCCCUCAAAGUGCGCCAGCUCUUUAGCGUAGACGCGCGCACGGGUGAAAUCAAAGUGAAAGGAGUGAUAGAUUAUGAAAAGGCCAGGAUGCAUGAAAUUUAUGUCCAGGCUAAAGAUAAAGGCCCUUCAGCUGUGGCUGUUCACUGCAAAGUGUUAGUUAAUGUAUUGGAUAAAAACGACAACCUCCCAGAGGUGAUCCUCACAUCAGUGUCCACACCUGUGCAGGAGGACGCGCCCCCGGGGACCGUGAUAGCCGUCAUAAGCGUGAUGGACAAAGACUCAGGUGAAAACGGGAACGUGGACUGUGAGAUCCAUCAUGUCCCAUUUCAGCUUCACUCAUCCUUUAAGAACUACUACACAUUAGUAACUUCUGAUUUUCUGGACAGAGAGGCAGUCGCAGAGUACAACAUCACUCUCACUGCCAGAGACAUGGGCUCUCCACCUUUAUUCACGCGGAAAACUAUCCUGGUUCAAGUGUCUGAUGUGAACGAUAACGCGCCUCGCUUCAAACAGCCCUCAUACACUGUGUAUCUGACUGAGAAUAACGCGCCGGGUGCAUCCAUCUGCUCUGUGACUGCACAGGAUCCAGAUUCUGGCCAAAACGCAUACCUCUCCUACUCCAUAAUGGAUGCUGACAUACAGGGAAUGGCCAUGUCAACGUAUGUGUCCAUAAACUCAGACAACGGGAACAUUUACGCACUGCGAUCGUUUGACCACGAGCAACUUAAAAACUUUCAGAUCACAGUCCAAGCGCAAGAUGCUGGUUUCCCUCCUCUGAUCAGCAACGUUACAGUGACUAUUUUCGUUUUGGACCAGAACGACAAUGCACCAGUUAUUGUGUCGCCGGUCACGCAAAACGGCUCAGCGCCCAGUGAAGCAUUGCCCAGAUCCGCUGACGCCGGUCACCUUGUCACCAGAAUCAGCGCAGUGGACGCGGACGCAGGUCAAAACUCGCGUCUCUUUUAUCAAAUGCUUCAAGCAACAGAUCCGAGCUUGUUCAGCGUGGCUCUGUACACGGGGGAAAUCAGGACAAUCCGACAGUUGGUGGAGAAAGACCCCACGAGGCACAGACUGGUCAUUCUCGUGAAGGACAAUGGUCAGCCGCCCCUCUCGGCCACAGUUUCCAUCAUCCUGUCAGUGGUUGACAGCCUGCCAGAUUUACAGCCCGAUUUGGGUGACCUGUCACUAAGCCCGCAUCACAGCUCCAACUUCACCCUCUACUUAAUCGUGUCUCUGGGCGCAAUCUCCUUCACGUUUCUGGUGGCUAUAAUCGUCCUGGUUACAGUGCGCAGAUUGAAGGGCAGACCGUCCAACCGAGAGUCCAACUUCCCCUCCAUCAGCGCUUGCUGCUGCGGCUGCUGCACGCGCUCGGAAGCAUCCACCACCACAGAGGUGUUCAAAAAGUCCAACCUGAACGUCCGGAUGUCCGCAAGCGCACCAGGCUGCGCAGAGGCAACCAGCAACGGAGCACUUCCGCAGGUCUACUGCUACAAAAUGUGUCUGACUCCGGAAUCAUCCAAAAGUGACUUCAUGUUCCUCAAGCCCUGCAGCCCGGUGAUGUCAGUGCAGCAGAACAACGCCAAGAGCACAGAUUAUCUGACCUCUGGCUGGAGCGCGCUGGACCGGAAUGAGCUGGCCAACAACAGAGCAACGACCCCAAAUGAGCUCAAGUAUUCAAACAAGGACUGGACCUUGACCAAAAACCAACGCAACUCGGCAUACAAGAGGUAUAGUUCAGCCAACAUGGAGGGCACACUAACUCGUCAACAAAAGUACGAUGCUGAAGGGUUUUCCUGCCCUGUAGCUCCACAGUACUGGACCUGGGGAAACCACAUGAAAGACUGCAAGAUGUCGCUUCAAGAGGGAGCGGCUCCAAACUACUCAUGGGUUCCAAAGUACACUCAGCCUCAUUCUGAGCCUCCAGAUUAUCAACACAAUGUCUACAUACCUGGCACCACGUCUGACUACAGCACCCUGAAGCUGGCACCCAGAGGAGAGCUGGAUGUGUACAACACCUUCUCUACUUUUGGAAAGAAGAAGAGAUUUAUCUCAAAUUAUGAACAAACUUUUGACAGGGACGACAGCCUCAUAAGCAACGACAUCUUCAAGUGAUUCAUCACAUUUCUGUACAUUCUGUGUAUACUAUGCUAUUGACUGGUUUCCACGAAUAACUACACAUAUCUUCUACAGUGUGAGUAGUGUUGUUGGAGGAUGACAGACAGUUUCUCCUUUUUAAGGUGGGAAUUGGUACCACUCCAUACCACAGUAUAUUUUUUAUUCUUUGUAAUACUAAAAUAAAGUAAGGAAAAGUCUAGCAUUAAAGGUGUAAACUUAAACACAGAAAAAAAGUGUUUAUUCAGCAGUUUUCUACGAGCUCAGGAUUUGCUCUGCUUGGAAGAUAUUGGUGCUCAAUAAGAUCAAAGUGAAUGUCCAAUACAGAAAAGAAAAAUCCAUCAUUUCAGCAUCUUUAAGUCUAUAUAACAAGAGCUGUCCAUGUACCAGGGACAUUUAUAAAACGGUUGCACCUUAUUUUCAUAUAGGGACAGCUAAUGAGUAUCAUGUUAUGUGUCAAAGAUUUGUAUUUAAGAAAAAAUAAAUGUAUUACUGCUAUAUUUAAAAUAUCUUUGUGGGCAUUAUUUUUCACAAAUGUCAGCUAAACGCAGCUCUGUUAACAUUUUAGUUGCAUAAAAAAGUUCAGAAACUAUCAUCCAAUCAUGCAUGGUGAAAUUUAGUGAAAGCUCAUUUGUUCACAAGUCCAUUCUGCGUAAUUCAGCCCUGACACAACACAGAUGGUAUAGGUGUGAUGGGAUAGAAAAGUAAAGCAGCACACGUACAAAACAGGACAGAAUUUUGUAAUGCUUGUUAAUCGAGAAAUAUGACAUUAAAAGGACAAACAUAACCCUGUGGGUGUGGAUGUAAAGAAGCAGGGUUCACCGAGGGGUAGAGUUUCAUGGAGCACAGCACAGAUGUAAUGUUGCUCAUUUGACUUGUGCAGUUCAGCAUUACAAUGGCACAUCAGAUAUAAAAAGUUUUCCCUUGAGGGCAAUAUUACGUCUGCAAUGUUACUGCAAUACCACUGUUUGUAUGAUCACUGAUGUUUCAUAUGUUGUAUGCAUUCCAGAUUGGCAUUUGUUAUUGGGUGUGAUUUAUAUAUCCACAAAUGAAGCACUU